CACUACUUUGACCAGAGCCCCCACAGUACACUAUAUAAAGUAGUGCAUCAUAAAGGGAAUAGGGUGCCAUUCGGUCUCUCCUUAGGGUCUAGUGUUCCAGUCAGUCAGAGUACGUAUCUGAGACAGGUUGACUGAAUCAGAUCAGUCAUCCUCAUCUGUAGUCACUUAGCAACAACUAGGGUCUCUGUGUUCCAGGGUCUCUGUGUUCCAGGGUCUCUGUGUUCCAGGGUCUCUGUGUUCCAGGGUCUCUGUGUUCCGGUCAGAUCAUCACUACCACCACCUAGUUCUGUUCUGCUGGGACGACACACCUCUACAGGGAGAUGGAUGCUGAAGGAGCCAACAUGGAGAGGUUUCCUACAGGGAACCUGUAUAGCGCUGUAGAGGACGGAUUGAGACCUACUACUCUCAACUAUGGUACCAAUAGAACCACUGAUUUCUACGGCAGCGCCGACUAUGACGAAGAGUACGAGGAUGAACGCUGCUCCAAGACAGACGUGGUCAGGUUCGGAGCCCUCGUCACACCCAUGGUCCUCUCCGUGGUCAUUGUGCUAAGCCUUGUGGGUAACCUGCUGGUGCUGGUGAUUCUGGCCAGGUACGAGCAUCUUCGGUCACUGACAAAUGCGUUCAUGAUGAACCUGGCGUUGUCUGACCUGGUGUUCACCUGCGGCCUCCCCUUCUGGGUCUCCUAUCACAUGAUUGGCUGGAGCUACGGUGACCUCACGUGUAAGGCGGUUAGCUUCCUGUUCUAUGCUGGCUACUACAGCAGUGGCAUCUUCCUCAUCCUAAUGACACUGCAUCGUUACCUGGCCGUGCUCCACCCCCUGUCUUACCUGGUGUCAGGCCCCUCCCACUCUCAGGGCACCUGGAGCGCUGUCGUAUCAUUGGUCGUCUGGAUCGGCAGUCUGUUAGCUGCUAUGCCAGCUCUCAUCUUUACCAAGUUCAUCAUCACUGAUUCUACUGACCUUAAAGACCCUCUGGACCCGAACAACCCUGAUGGGCCUAGUGACUCUAACGCCUCUAGUGGUGAACGGCGGUACUGUGAGGUUGCAGAUGUCAGCUGGAGGCUGUGGGGGGUCUACCAGCAGAACAUCCUGUUCAUAGUGACAUUAUUAGUGGUGUGUGUCUGUUACAGUCAGAUUCUAGUCCGCCUCCUGAGACCCAGGGUUAGGGUUAGACGCCAGAGGAGCGGAGGAGACAGGAGGAGCCACAGGACCGCCAGGCUGGUCUUCGGCCUGGUCCUGGUUUUCUUUGUGGGCUGGGCGCCGUACAACGUGGUCAUCUUCCUCAGGACACUGGCGUAUAAGAGUCAAGAUGGCGGCGGUGCUGAUUCAUCCACAACACUAUGGGACGAGUGUGGCACCAGCACCACGUUGGACUACUCCUUCUAUGUGACCAGGCUGCUGGCGUUCUCCUACUGCUGUCUCAACCCUUUGUUCUACGUGUUCGUUGGGGUCAAGUUCCGGAACCACCUGAAGAGAAUGUUGAAGGGUUGUUGUCAUGGUGUUACCGUUGUCAAUAACAACAACAACAGCAGUGUUCUGUACAGGAGCAGCAGACUGACAUCACAGUCCAGUGGGGAGGAGUUCUCACUUUAAAUAACAACACUGUAAACAACAUCAACAAUAGCAGUAGUCUGUACAGGAGUAGCAGACGGACAUCACAGUCCAGGGGGAGGAGUCACUGUACUAGACAUCACUUUCAUACUAGAUAUUGUAGUAUUCUUUACUUCAUGAUACCUGGAGCCUUACACUGAACCCAAACCAGACAUGCAUACAUUUGUUUUGUACCCCUACACCAAACGCGAUCACAACACGCAGGUUAAAAUAUCAAAACAAUUAUUAAUUUGGGGACAGGUCGAUAAGCAUUAAACAUUUAUGGAAAUGUAGCUAGCUAGCUUGCACUUGCUAGGUAAUUUGUCUUAUUUAGCUAGAUUGCUGUUGCUAGCUAAUUUGUCCUGGGACAUUGAGUUGUUAUUUUACCUUAAAUGCACAAGGUCCUCUACUCUGACAAUUAAUCCACACGUAAAAUGGUCAACCAAAUCGUUUCUAGUCACCUCUCCUCCUUCCAGGCUUUUUCAUCUUUGAAUUUAUAUGAUGAUUGGCAUCUAAACUUUCAUAGUAUUACCAUGACGACCGGCAACACAUUUCCUAUUUCAAUCACCCAUGUGGGUAUAACCAAUGAGGAGAUGGUACGUGAGUAUGAUCUGCAUCAGAAAUAGAACUGAUUCUAUUUUAGCCCUUGGCAAUGCAGACGAUCGUUGGCGCACGUGAGCAGUGUGGGUGCAAUAAUUGAAUAACAUAGAUUUCUAAAUUUAUUUUGCAACGCUCGUGCACGCGAUGUUGUCAGGGUAUUACACGUUCAUACUAGAUAUUGUAGUAUUCUUUACUUCAUGAUAACUGAAGCCUUUCACUGGAUCGAUUUUCCAUUCAUAUUAUCCAUUUGCAGAUAAUGAUUGCAUUCCUCAAGACUAUUUGAGGUGUUUAUAUCAUACCCCUUUAAUACCAUGUUUAAUACCAUGUUUAAUACCAUGUUUAAUACCAUGUGUAAUACCACAUUUAAUACCAUGUUUAAUACCACGUUUAAUACCAUGUUUAAUACCAUGUUUAAUACUAGGUUUAAUACCAUGUUUAAUACCACAUUUAAUACCAUGUUUAAUACUAGGUUUAAUACCAUGUUUAAUACCACGUUUAAUACCAUGUGUCAUACCAUGUUUAAUACUAGGUUUAAUACCAUGUUGAAUACCAUGUUUAAUCAUAUGUUUAAUACCAUGUUUAAUACCAUGUUUAAUACCACAUUUAAUACUACGUUUAAUACUAGGUGUAAUACCAUGUUUAAUACCACGUUUAAUACCACGUUUAAUACCAGGUUUAGAAGCAAAUUAAAUUGUGAUUGUUGUAUUUUGAUUGCUGUAAGUCAAAUCAGAUUGUAUUUGUCAUAUACACAUGUUUAGCAGAUGUUAUUGGUCAUAUACACAUGUUUAGCAGAUGUUAUUGGUCAUAUACACAUGUUUAGCAGAUGUUAUUGAUCAUAUACACAUGUUUAGCAGAUGUUAUUGUGGGUAUAGUAAAAUGCUUGUGUGUCUGGCUCCAAGUAUGUAGUAAUAUCUAACAAUUCACAACAAUACACACAAUCUAAAAGUAGAAGAAUGCAAUUAAGGAAUUGACAGAGAGAAAGAGCAGGUCCUGCUUGUACGUAAACACACCAGCCAUUGUGUUACCAUACUGUAGGUUCAUAUAAUCAGCAUAUAUUUUUCAUGGUCAGAUUUGAAUUGUGUAAAUAUUGAACUAUUGUUUAAUGUUUUUAAGUCUUCUGAAUAAAGUACUGAUUUGUUUUAACAUUGA